AUGCCCCCUACAUCCAUACGUAUCCAACCAGCUCUCCCCCAAGACGGCCCUACCCGCCCAGGUUUCGCCCUCCCCUUCGCAGAAACACCCCAACCCCAAGCUGCUCGUGUCUUCUCGCCGCACCACACUCCUACUCAAUCUACACCUCAUCCAAGCCAAUCAAAGACUACUGGCAAAGGGAAAAGGAAAGAAAAGGAAACACCACAGGAGACGGUAGAAUACACCAUCCUCCCAGCAAUAGGCGAUGGCAAGAUUAAGCCUGUGCCGCCGGCGUUGUAUUGUCCUAUCUGGAAAGUGGAUGAGCGAAUGCGGGGGCGCAAGGUCAGGUUGGUUGGGCAGGUAUUGCAUUACAACGUCAAAAAAGCCACCAUCAUCCUAACCGCCCAACCCGAAGGUCUCUGUCGCAAAUGUCCGACUAUAGUCGUAAACAUAUCCAUCCCCCUCCUCGCUCCCUCCCCCUCCCAGCCCCCUACAACGUCACUGGUAACGCGCUCAGAGCAGAGGCACAGAGCGGUGGUGUUCAACACCGACCAACCACCCCAUCCUUCUUCUGCUUUAUCACAAAGCGAGGUAGAGAGGGAGGGAUUGGUGGGGAGGGAGAUGGUGAGGUUUGGGAGGGGGGAUUGGGUGGGGGUUGUGGGGUGGUUGGAAGAUGGCCGCGAUCUCGUUCGCAAGAUAAGGACCUUUGGGGCAUACGCGCCCCCUCCGCCGGUGGCGUGCGAAGCGAUACAUAUCACCAAUGCCCGUCCCCCUCCAAAGAGUCGGCUUCCACAGCCGUGGGUUGGGGGUGGGACGGGGAUUGUGAGGGUUAUGAGUGAGGUUGAUACGCGCUGGCAAGAGGCUCCUUCAAGUCCUAGUGAGGAGGCAAAAGAGUUUACUGGGGAUGGUGCAGAUGCAGAGGAAGGGCAAGGGCCAGAAGACGAAGAAGAAAACGCCAGGCGUCUGAAUGACAAACAUCGCAAAGAACGUACUCCUACAAUCAAACGCCAAUCGACUUCACCCUCCCCGCCCCACCUCUCCCCCCGCACACCCCCCGAGAUCAGCCGCGCAGACGGGUUUGAGGUGCGCAUCCUGCUUCCUGGGGAGGGCGCGAAUUAUGAGAAUUAUGAGUUUGAUGUUACGCCAAAGCCGAGGGGUAAGAAGGUUAGAGCACGCGCUUGA